GGUCUGGCGGCUCACGUUUCCUGCUGCUACACACAACAGCAAAACAAUCGAUUCGUACCUGCGUUUCAGUCACAGCCAUCACACACCCGCACAGAAUGCGAGGUGGUUCUGUGCUCACCACCUUGUUCGCUGCUUUGGCAGUGGUGUGGCUGGGGCUGGGUGAUAUUGAGGGUGUGGAGGCCGGCAGGCUCAGGGUGUACGCAAAGAGCGCCGAGGUCAGCGUAUCGAUCACGAAUAUCUUAGCUGGGGGGUUGAAUGUGGCUGCUAGGCUUCAAGUCGAAGGGGUCACAAGCUUCAUCGAAACGCGACGGGUCGGGACCAACCACCCAACAUGGAACCAAUGGCUGGACUUUGGACGAACAGACAUUGGUCCCUCGGGGACGGUGCGGGCGCAAGUGGUCAACUACGACAACGGCGGGGGACUUGAUGUGCGUGUCCAAGACAGGUUCAGCUUCUCGUUCAGCGGAUGCAGCAAGCAAACGCGGUCCUUUCGUCUGACCAAAGAACUCUACCGGAGUGGUCCAUUCGGCAUGUCCAUCUACAUUGGCACCUCCAUCUUUGACUUUACCCUCGAGUACACCCCAACCAACCUGUGCUCCACGUCCUAUUGCGAUGCGACCUCGACCACGUGCUCCUGCCGCUCCGACAACAGCGCAACGUGCUCCUGCAAGAGCGGGUACACGUACCUUGAUGCCCAGCGCUGCCAAGAACGCAACAUCUGCACCAACAACGUCAAAGGUUGCGACCUCUCCUCCACCACGUGCCGCAAGACGGGUCCAGGCACGGCCGAGUGCGACUGCAAGGCCGGCUACCGCCGCAGGACCUCUACCUCAUGUGCCGCCAUCAACCCGUGCAGUGACAACCCCAACAUCUGUGGCAGCAACUCCCAGUGCUCCAUGACGGGACCAGGCACGUACAGAUGCACGUGCGAGGAUGGCUACUCCUCGUCUACAGCCGACAACAAGAACUGCAGGCCCAUCGACAGGUGUGAACUGAACACGGACACAUGCGACGGCAACAACACCAUCUGCGAAUACCUGGGACCAAACAGGUUCAAGUGCACGCCAUGUCCAGACGGCCACAAGGCGACGGACGACGAGUGCAAGCAGAUCAACCCCUGCAUGGACAACGAAGGCAUCUGCGGUGACAACGCGACUUGUGAAUUUGCCGGACCUGGCAAGUACGCGUGCCUGUGCGCGAGUGGAUACGAGCACGACUCGCCCACAGACAAGUGCACGCCUAUCAACUUUUGCGAACAGACACCAGGCCCUUGCGGCGACAACUCCAAGUGCUCUCCAACAGGUCCCGGCACAUACACGUGCCAGUGUGAGCAAGGGUACGAGUCCGAUGACAAUGCCCAGACGAACUGCUCGCCCAUCAACCGGUGCGACACGAACAACGGCGGGUGUGGUUCCAAGUCCCAAUGCGAUCACACGGGACCAGGCACGCGCAGGUGCACGUGCGACGCUGGCUACAGAAGCACCUCCAACGACGGAGCAAACUGUGUGGAGAUUGACCCGUGUGUCACCGACAACGGAGGCUGCGGCGAUGCAAGCACCACCCUGUGCACCAAGACGGGCCCGAACGAGCGCGAGUGCAGCUGCAGGGACGGAUUCACGUCGGAGACGGGGCGCGACUGCAUCUGGAUCAACCCAUGCGUCAACGAGGACUACGGCGGCUGUCUGCAAGCAACAGAGAUCUGCAUGAACACGGGCCCCAAUGAGAACAAGUGUGACUGCCGCACCGGCUUUCAGUUUGACGAAGAGACCGGACACUGCCAGUGCGGUGAGCGGCCGGCGUGCCCAGAGUUUUCGGCGUGUCAGGACUCUUCAUGCGUGUGCGAAGGGGGUUUGCGGUUGGUGGAGACAGACGUGGGUGACUUAGCCUGUGCCCCAACAACAACAACAACCACCACCACCACCACCACCACCACCACAACAACAACAACAACAACAACAACAACAACAACAACAACAACAACCACAACCACCACUACAACCACCACCUCUGCGUCCCCCAUCGUUGUCAUCACGACACCCUACACUGCGGCAGCAGGAACAACCACAACGACAAGCACAACCACGGCUGGCACCACGACCGGUCGUGAUAUGCAACCACAGCCCACCUCCACCACGUCCACCUCUGCCGUGUUCACCAUUGCGCCUCCGAAUCGCCAGCGAUCAUCCACGUCAUCUGCUGCAAAUCCCGUUGUCAUUGGUGCUGGUGCUGGUGGUGCACUCGUCGGGUGUGCACUCCUCAUUAUUGUUGUUGUCCUCUUUGUUCGACGUCGCCGCCGUGACCACCACGACGGACAUCGCGACACGACAACUUCGGUGCCGCCGUCUCGUGCACCCACGGAUGGCGGGGCUGUCCCCUCGUCGUUGUCGAGCAUGUCAACCACCAACCCGCUGUUUGUUGGCGACGCCAUGAUGGAGCCAGCAAGCAUGCAGCCAGCCUGGCUGCCCGAGGAGGAGGCAACCGCGUUUGAUCUUGAUCCCAGGAACCACUACGACAACCUGUAUGAAGAUGAUGUGGUGGACGAAGCUGACAACUACUACGAAAGCGUUCAGCCUGCUGAUGACCAGGACAGGUAUUUGACGCCAGGCCAAUCCAAGCUGUACGCCCCAGCAUAUCGUGUCCCGAACGUGAUGGAUGGUGGCGGUCCAACACAACACACCCACGACAGGGAUCGGGGCUACGAGCAGCCUGCAUCGACGCAGCAGCACUACUACGAUCGUCCGCAGCCCGACGACGACAGCAACAACAACAGCAACAGCAACAGCAGCAGCCAUGACCAUGAGCAUGAAUACCACCACUACGAUUUUGUUGCGGCGCAACCAGAGUACGAGAACCCUGGCGCCAUCUACGAUAUCGCCAGCGAUCCUGUUCAAGUGCAGGGCGGGCAGGUCAUGGAUGAUUACGCGCAGCUGCACGUCCCCUUUGCAACAAAUGUAGCGACACAGCGCGAGCAGGGACGACGGCCACAGUCCAAUGCUGUGUACGAUGUGGCGUCCCCGUCUGCCCUCCUUGAACAACCCACUCAUCACCACCAGCACCAUCUGUAUGAGCUUGGCAGCGAUACAGGUGUUGACCCAGCAGCUCACAACGGUCUCCCCUCCACCGACCAGUCUGACCUCGCACCUGUCUACGACGUUGCGAGCGACUCACAUGCAUAACAACCAGCGCAGCAGAACGGACCAAGGAGGAAAGGAGGAGUGAACAAGCGACUCGAGUGAGUGA